GUCAGCAAAUUAUCAUAAAGCCAGAGUCUUUGGUAUUCCUUUUGCUUUGAACAGUCGCAGCCGCCUGGAUUCCCAUCACCAGCCUCUGAUCCCGUGCCUACCAGCCAAAAACGACGAUCAACAAUGGCCGCAACCGAUAUACUAUCUGCUCUCAUCCCCAGCUCCCCCGGCCUCCUCCCCUACUGGCUUCUCAUCACAUCAUUUCUCUCAAUUCUCAACUUCAUCGCCUGUUACACCUCUCCCCCCUUCUUCCUCCGCACUUACUCAAACCCAUUCCCCAAUUCUCCCCCACCAAAACCGACUACCCGCUCCUCUCAAAAGUCUUCCACUUCUGCGUCGGAGUCUACGGUUCUCCCCGCCCGCAUUUUCGGCACCUGGACCCUACUCGCCUGUAUUCUCCGAACGUAUGCCGCUUAUGCCCUCGAUCAUACGGAUAUCUACGCCAUCACGCUUAGCACGUAUCUCAUUGCUCUAGGUCAUUUCACGAGCGAGUGGUUGAUUUAUGGGACGAUGACUUUGAAGGGUGGCUUGGCGCCGCCGCUGUUCUUCUCCACCACGACGACGUUGUGGAUGCUUUCGCAGUGGGGAACGUAUUAGAGGUGGGAUGGUGAUGUAUUGGUCGGAUCUACGGCAUUCACGUCGAGAUCCACAUCAAUGUCCAGGGUCCCGAUUCGUUGUCCAACCACAUUCUUGAUGGGCCAUGAGUGUGGAUUGUGAAUGCUGAUCGGGAACUCUCUCGCAAGCUUACUUGUAUUUCUAUCAAUAAUGAGACAAUCUCAUCUAGCCGCUUUCAUUGUAUUCAUCUUAGAUGUAGACUUACUCUUCCAAAGUAAGCAUUUUCCAGACGGCCAACCUUUCAUGCAUACCCUCUCCAUAGCAUUGUAUUUCUCACGACGCUCAUCACAAUGUGGUGCAUAAAACGUCGCUAGCAUGGACUCUUACAUUGUUCGGGGUUGGUAUAUGUUGAUACACAAUUCAAAAGAGCCUGUAUAUAACUGGGAACAUCCCCG